AUGCGUUUGAAACGCAGGGCUGGGUCUGCGGUGGCGAGCAAUCAGUGGGGAAGGCAGGAAAGGCAGGAAAUCGCCUUCUGGAUCGCGGAAGGCACUCGGCUGCCCCCUCUCCAGCAUGCUCGGGCCCCGCGGGCUUCCCCGGUCGCUGUACAGGCCAACCUCUUCGGCAGGGUGGUUCGCAUCGUCAAGUCCUACACCAGCGCCCUAGUGGGCGGGCUGGAGGACCCCGAGAAGAUCCUGGAGCAGGCGGUCUCCGACAUGCAGAACGACCUCAUUCGGCUGCGCCAGGCGGCCGCGGAGGUGACGGCCGCGCAGAAGCGGCUGCAGAACAAGCGGGACAUGGCGGCUCAGACCGCGGACGAGUGGUACCGCCGCGCAGAGCUGGCGCUGAGCAAGGGCGACGAGGAGCUGGCGCGAGAGGCGCUGACGCGGCGCAAGGCCCACGCGGCCACGGCCACCCAGCUGGAGGGCCAGCUGGCGCAGCAGACCAAGGCGGUGAGCACCAUCAUGGGCAACAUGAAGAUGCUGGAAGGAAAGCUGCAGGAGGCUAAGCUGAAGAAGGACACGCUGAAGGCGCGGGCGCAGAGCGCCAAGUCCGCUCGCCAGAUCCAGGACAUGGUGGCGGGGCUGAAUACCAGCAGCGCCCUCGGUGCAUUCGAGAAGAUGGAGGAGAAGGUGAUGGCCAUGGAGUCCGAGGCCGAGGCGGCCACCAUGCUGGCGUCCCCUGACGAUGGGCUGGAGUCCAAGUUCCAGCAGCUGGAGGCUGGGAAUGUGGAGGAUGACCUGUCAGAGCUGCGGCGCAGCCUGGGCACCAGCAAGCCCAAGCAGCAGCUCCCUCCUGGCCGGCCUGUGCGGGAUGCCAUCGACUUUGAGCUGGAUGAGAUGCGGCGCAACCGCCAGUACUGA